AUGUCUGAUAGGUUUACUUUUGAAAUAACAGAACCCAGAUAUUGCUAUAGUGACAGGGAAAUUAAGAACGCUACUCAAAUAUUACUCGACCUUAAAAGUGGACUCCUCGAGGAUUUAAACGUUGAUACCGAUAAAGUUGCAACAUCAGAGAAUAAGUUAGGCAAGAAGGAUGUCUCGGAACCUUGGAAAGAAGCUUUGAUGAAAUACUCCAGGAGUACAAGGGAAAAUGCGGAGCGAGUAAGGUUGUAUUUGGAACUUUAUUAUUACCUUUUGGAUAAGUCAAUUACUUCAAAAAAUGAGACUCACUUGCACGAAGGAGUGGAGGGGAUAUACAAUCCUUUGCAAGUUAUCAGGAAUAGGAAGGUGCGCAAGAACUAUGCUCAAUAUCCGUCAACAACCAUCAAUGCUGCCAGACACCCUUUAAUUGCGAUUACUGCUUUUAGUCAUCGUACUAAACCAUUUCCUUGGUUUGUUGAUAUAUACGAGAGGUCUUGUGAUAGUAUUUGGAUGGUUAACCAUUGGCAUGAGUUACGGAAACCCGAUGGGACACUGUGGUUCCCUACAAGGCGAAGAGGAUCAAACCAAUUGUCUUUUAGUCAUUACUAUCAACCUAGAAAAUCGGUCCAAUCAAGUCAUGGGUCCAGCCUUGAGAAACAAAAUACGAAUACAUGGGGUACAGAUUUGACGUCUAGGUCUAAAGAAUUGUCCAAGACAACCAGCAACUCUUCAAACACUCACUCUAACCCAUCUGUGAAGUUUAAAAGAACGCUGUUAUCUAAGCUGUCAAAAGCACCCGUUAAACAUGGUAAGUUAGAAUCUCAGGAGCUAGCACUAGACGAUUUUCCGCGCUACGUAAUUGACCAGAUUGAGACUCCUAUUGACGAAGUACAUGAAAGUUCGAACAACAUAUUUGAGAGCGUUAAGAUUGCUCAUAUUAAAGGCAGAGAGGAAGAUGAAGAAGAAGGUGAAGAAAGUGAAGGAGGUGAAAAAGGUGAAGACGAAGCAGGCGAAGAAAUUGCAGUUACAGAGAGGCCAUACCUAAAUUCAACAUCAGAUGUAACCAAUCCGCUUGUACUGAAGCAAAGAAAAAGAUUGGCCUAUUUAUCUUAUAGUUGGAAACUGGUAAGGCGAAAGCAGACCAUAAUACGACAGAGGGAGGCGCAACUGCUUACUCAGUGCUCUUCUGUAAAAAAUGAUUGUGAGACUUUAAAGUCAACUAUCCCUGAAAAGGACGAAACCCUGAAACAUUACGAGUCCCUGUUGGCUGAGUCUUCAGAAAUAUGCCAUGGUUCGAUGGCCAAGUUGGUAAAUGAAUAUUCAGUUAGAAUUGAUAUUCUAAUUUCAAAAAGCGAUAGACUCCUAUCAGAAGUGAAUAGUGCCCUCACGUUACGGUUAAAGGCGUUCAAGGACGACUUGGAUAGGUUUGGGAUAUUAAGAACUAGCCGAACUAGUGGAUUAUCUUCUUUAGCCUACAGACUUUUGGAAUAUUUAAUCAUUGUCAUACUUCGCAUUACAUGGUUUCUGUUUUCCAUCGCCAAAAUCUUUAAGACUAUCAUAGUAGCCCUAAUAAAAGUCUUAAAAUCCAGCAGCUAG